GAGGGCAACGCAAACGUACCUUUCUACAACUCGCUCGUUGUCCGUUUUGGGCCAAAAUCAACUGCAAUUAGAAGACGGGCGGCACCUUUGGGACGCUUCGUUCAUCUCCGCGUCAAGCAAAGUGUGCGUGCGUGCGUGCGUGCGUGCGUGCUCCCUCUUCCUCGCGCAGCCUCCAGCCGCCGCCGCCUCCUCCUCCUCCUCCUCCUCCUCCUCCUCGUCGCCAUGACUGACAGGAAGGCCGUCAUCAAGAACGCCGACAUGUCCGAGGACAUGCAGCAGGACGCAGUGGACUGCGCCACGCAGGCCAUGGAGAAGUACAACAUCGAGAAGGACAUCGCCGCCUACAUCAAGAAGGAAUUCGACAAGAAGUACAACCCCACCUGGCACUGCAUCGUGGGUCGGAACUUCGGCAGCUACGUGACUCACGAGACCAAACAUUUCAUCUACUUCUACUUGGGCCAAGUCGCCAUCUUGCUCUUCAAGUCGGGCUGAGACCUUUAAGUUUCCUUUUUACCCCGUUUUUCCUGGUUUUUUUUGUAUUUAAUUUUUCUCUCUCCUCGAAGCAUUUGGAGGCUAACGCAUCUCGUACUCUAAGAAUAAUUACAACAUAACAAAAUGAUGCGACGCUACGUGGCCGACGUCUUAAUUUCGUGCGUACGCCCGAGACCACGCGUUGGCGGUUGCCUUUUCAGUGCAACGCGUUUUUUUUGGUUUUGUCAAUCUUGUUGUUGAGGAGGUAAAAUGGCGGCCCCCGAUCGGGUCAUAAAGGAAGGCUGUUGAAUGUAGUGCUUUUCAUUUGAAACUUAUUGAGUAGCGGGAUUUUUAAUCAGAGCAUCGCCGCGUGUGAACUUUUGGAAGUGUGUGUGUCCCCCAUUCCCUUUUGAGGAUUUUGGAUUGACGUUAUUUUUGUGUCGCGUCGAAACAUGGUCACGAUUGGCAACGGCGGUGCUCCAGUUUGCUUGAAGAUUCUGGAUCUGUUCCAAGUUUCCUUCCAAAUUUGACAAUUAACAUCAUUAUUUGUAGUAUUGAAACAAUCCAAUCUUAAUCAUAAAGCUUUUUUUUUUUUUAAUUCAAAUACAAAACUUUCAAAAGAUCAGAUAUGUUCUAUAAAUGGCUGUAGCAUUGUUUUCAUUGAAAUUUGUCGAUGAGCGCGUUCAUUAACGCCGAUUUACUCUUUGUGUCAAAACGUUGCCACAACUAAACAGAGCUGAUUUAUUUGUUUGAACUCAAAAACAACAACGAGAGUGCUCCAAUUUGGUUUGAACAGCGCACAUCAUUGUCAUAUUGAAGCAUCCGCACAUUCAAAUUAGCGCACAUUUAUUUCCUGAAAUUAUUAAUACAAAACUACAGUGCCCAAGUUUGGUAGAAGACGUCAGAGGAUUUUGAGUCAUUUAAAUUUUUUUUAAUUAAUGCAAACGCAAAUUUUCGUCAUUUUUGUAUUCAGAAACGGUCACACCUCAAAAAAUGAAAACUAACUUGUUUAUUUAAUAAUCAUUAAAAAAAAAACGAGUGCUCCAAUUUGGAUUAAGAUGUCGGUUAAAAAUGUUCCUUUUGCAAUUUGUCGUUGAACGGGAUCCUAAACAGCAAUUUUAAUUUUCUUUGUCAUGUCAGCGCCUUAUCAUAAUGAUUAGCGCUAAUUUGCUUAUUUAAAUUAAAAAAAAAAAAAAAAACGGUAAUACGUUUGGACAGGUUCUACCAAAUGGUCGGAGCAUUUUCAUAAUGAUUAGCGCUUAUUUAAUUCCUUAAUAAUGCAAAACAACAGUGCUCCAAUUUCUUCGAAAAUGCCCCGAGUUCCCUUUUGCGUGAGUUGAUUUAACAUAAUCGGUACAACAGUUUUCGUCUUUGUCAUUGUAUCGAAACAUCGUUGCAUCUUAGCGAUUGCACUCAUUGGUUUAAUUUGAUUAAAAUCAAAAAAGGUUUGCCACACUUCUACCAAAUGGAGCAGGUUUUUGUUUUCUUUUGAAUGUCGCGGAUAAAUGUCAUUUUCAUCUUUUGUCGGCAAAACAUCACCCCAUCGUAAUGAUUGGCACUCAUUUGUUGCUAUGGCAGAUGAUGGCUGAACUCGUGACUGUUCGUUGUAAGUUUCUGCGCGACUAUUUGCCCCCCCCCGCAAUGUGAAGCGAUGACGUUUUCGAGCGCUUUGGUUUGUCGCUUGGAGAUCCGAUCGUCUCGCAGCGUCGUUCGACUAUCCGAUUGCGAGACUUUUGAUCAUUCUGCGUCUCCGCGGGUUUUCCAGACGACUAGCACAAUUCACAUUCCUCGUGUAUGUUAACGAAACAAGCGCACGCUAUGUAUCGUACGUGUCCCGUAAGAUGAUUUUUCAUUGCAAAAUUCUGCAGCUAGCUCGCAUCAGGUGCUCGUGUGGUCUAACGUGGCAUCGCUUCUUAGUUCGGACCGCAAAGACCGAGUAUUUUGACUCUGUUGUUUGAUCCGAAUUCUGACCUUUCUAGCAAUGCUGACACAAGCUAAAUGUUAGCGUUGACUGUGAAUUUUCUUUUUAAUAGGGAAGUCUUCCUGUUCUUAAACAGAUUGUUUGCCUCCAGCAUGUUGUUGUUGUCGUCGCCGUUGUAAAAGUUGGCGUUAUCCGGUUCGAGAACAAUCGCACAUCAUUUACAGUUAGCUGUUGCUAAAAAACCAAAACUAUGUAGAAAAAUCGAAAUAAAGAAUAAUUGUUGACUUGUUAACAGUGGCCUUUGUGUUAUUGUUAGUACCGAAAAGCUGGCAAUUUUUAUUAGUUUGGCAGCAGAAAAUUAGCUUAGCUCUGCAUAGCACUGCAAGUAGGCCGACUAUUACAGACAUGGAGGGUUGAAAAUGUUGAAGUCUUGGAGAAAGUCAAUAUUUUAGCCAGCUAGCUAAGCUUCGUAUAGCUUACUUAUUCUUUCAAACGAGUACACAGCCAGCCAAUUGUUACAUACAACCCCAAUUCCAAUGAAGCUGGGACGCUGUGUUAAACAUAAAGAAAAACAGAAUACAAUGAUUUGAAAAUCAUGUUCAACCUAUAUUUAAUUGAAUACAUGACAAAGACAAGGUAUUUCAUGUUCAAACGGAUAAACUUGAUUGUUUUUAGCAAAUAAUCAUUUUAUGGCUGCAACACGUUGCCAAAAAGCUGGGACAGGUGGCAAAAAAGACGGAGAAAGUGGAGGAACAUCCCACAGGUGAACAGGCUCAUUGGGAACAGGUGGGUGCCACGAUUGGCUAGAAAAGGAGCUUCCCUGAAUUGCUCAGUCGUUCACAAGCAAAGAUGGGCCGAGGUUCACCUCUUUGUGAACAAGCGCGUGAGAAAAUAGUCCCAACAGUUUAAGCACAAUGUUCCUCAACGUACAAUUGCAAGGAAUUGAGGGAUUUCAUCAUCUACGGUCCAUAACAUCAUCAAAAGGUUCAGAGAAUCUGGAGAAAUCACUGCACGUACGCGGCGAGGCCGAAAACCAACACGGAAUGCCCGUGACCUUCGAUCCCUCGGGCGGCACUGCAUCAAAAACUGACAUCGAUGUGUAAAGGAUCUCACCACAUGGGCUCAAGAACACUUCAGAAGACAAAUGUCAGUAAAUACAGUUCGGCGCUACAUCCGUAAGUGCAACUUGAAACUCUACUAUGCAAAGCAAAAGCCGUUUAUCAACAACACCCAGAAACGCCGCCGGCUUCUCUGGGCCCGAGCUCAUCCAAGAUGGACCGACGCAAAGUGGAAAAGUGUUCUGUGGUCCGACGAGUCCACAUUUCAAAUAGUUUUUGGAAAUUGUGGACGUCGUGUCCUGCGGGCCAAAGAGGAAAAGAACCAUCCGGACCGUUAUGGACGCAAAGUUCAAAAGCCAGCAUCUGUGAUGGUAUGGGGCUGUGUUAGUGCCAAUGACAUGGGUAACUUACACAUCUGUGAAGGCACCAUUCAUGCUGAAAGGUACGUAAAGGUUUUGGAGAAACAUACGCUGCCAUCCAAGCAACGUCUUUUUUACGGACGCCCCUGCUUAUUUCAGCAAGACAAUGGCAAACGACAUUCUGCACGUGUUACAACAGCGUGGCUUUGUCGUAAAAGAGUGCGGGUACUCGACUGGCCUGCCUGCAGUCCAGACCUGUCUCCCAUUGAAAAUGCGUGGGGCAUUAUGAAGUAAAAGACAACGACGGAGACCCCGGACUGUUGAACGGCUGAAGCUGUACAUCGAGCAAGAAUGGGAAAGAAUUCCACCUUCGACGCUUCAACAAUUCGUGUCCUCAGUUCCCAAACGUUUAUUGAAUGUUGUUCAAAGAAAAGGUGAUGUAACACAGUGGUAAACAUGAGCCUGUCCCAGCUUUUUUGGAACGUGCUGCAGCCAUACAUUUCCAAGUUCACGAUUAUUUGCUAAAAAAAAAAAAAAAAAAAGGUUUAUCAGUUUGAACAUUAAAUAUCUUGUCGUUGUCGUGUAUUCAAUUAAAUCUAGGUUGAACAUGAUUUGCAAAUCAUUGUAUUCUGUUUUUAUGUUUAACACAAUGUCCCAACUUCAUUGGAAUUGGGUUGUACAUCACACCCGCUGUGUGUCAUUGGCCAAUGUUAGCCCGACUGUUGCCGAGUCAGUUUCGCAUUCAUGUGAGAUUUAAAAAAAAAAAAAAAAAGUGUCUUGUUCUCAAGUUAAACACAGAAAGUUUAUGCUUUUAUUCGGUUGGAUAUUUUAUUUUAGCAUAUUGAUUCUGGGCCUAGUGUAGCCUAGUAUUAAGAUGAUAAACCUCUAAAUGAUCUCUUUUUCAACAAGGUAAGCUAUCAGUAUACUUUAUUUGGCCAGUUAGCUUAGCAUAGUGAGGCUAGUGUUAACAAACAUGGAUCCGAAAUGUUUAAAUCUUCUGUUUUUCCGCAAGGGGGAGCUAAUGUUUUUGGAUCAACUUUUUCAACAGAAAUUCUAUCCAAUAUUUCAUCCAACAAUAACAUAGUCUAAGAUUGAAAAAUAUCUAAAUCAUCUCUUUUUCAACGAGGUAAGCAAACAGUUUUCAAUUAGUUUUCCCUUCAGGAAGCUAAUGAUUAUCUAGCCGCUUAGCUUAGCUUAGCUUAGCUUAACAUAGCCUAGCCUUACAAUAGAUUCACUGCUUGGUCAUCCCAAUUACUGGCUUCUGACUUCCCAGUUGCUUUUGGAGGAAAACAUUAUUAGAACAAGUCAGUAAGGGAUGAUAGUGGGCGUAUUUAAACGCAACAAAUGAGUCAUUCGUCGGAAGGGUCAACAAAAUGCCGAAGGAAACAAAAUGCCAACUAAAAACGCAUGCGUGGGCGGCCAACAUUGGCAAAUUGCGUCAUUUACUUUGUCAGUAUGCAUGUUGUUUAUUUUUUGUUGUUGGGGGCAUUACUGCGGAAAACGUAGCACAAAUGCGUCGUUUGAAAAGGUUUUGUUUCUUGAAAUGAACAUGUCAGUGGAAUCAUUCACGGGAAUAGAAGUAAUCUGUUGAAGUGGUGUCGUGUGCGAUAUGGUGUAAAAAUGUUUAUAAAAAAUAAAAA